CCCGCAACUGCCCUCUGUGCCCUUCACGCCUCUCUCUACAUGUCCCAUCCCCCGGCCUCGCAUCGUCUCCACCUUGCCUUGUGGUCAUUUGCCUCACCUGCGCAGCCUCCUAUCUAACCCUCUCUUGCAGCCACAACUAACCUCUUCCCUUUCACUGUAUUUCUUUCUUUCUUAGAGGCCCCUUCAGACACCCCGGCCGUCUUUGUCUCGGUCCAGUCAUCGUCUCUCAGACUUCGGCCUAGCGACCUGGGACUGCACCAAAACCACACCACCUCAAUCCUCCACCCAUCCGUGAUUGACAGCCUGGCAAUCGUGGCCAACUACAUCCUCUAACAGGUACACACUCAUUCCCUGCGCAUCCUCAAUCACGCCGGAACCUUCAAGUCUAACCAUCCUCCGCCUCAGAUCCGAGUUUGUUAUGGCAGAGCAGAGAGCACAAGAUGUGGUAAACCAAUCUCAGUCGGUCGGCGACCUCUCGCCCUCCGACGCACCUGCGACCACUUCCACUCCUGAUAUCAAAGUUUCUGGGGACGAGUCUGGUAAAGUGGAGGUUGCGCUUGCGUAUAAAGAGAAUGGAAUCCAUACCUUGUCUUCUCUCAAAUCCGAUGAUCUCGAUGACGCCGAUGCGUCCGUUCGCUCCGACACCGACACCAGUCGUGCUGAUGGAAGCGUCGCCGGUGACAAGAAUCCUGAGAGUAAAACCCUCAAAAAGUUUGUCACCAAACCCGUCAGUUUCGCCAAAUAUUCUGUCCCAAAAGUGGUCGCUACUACCGCCAACUCCAAAACUGCCGACAAAGCAGCUUCUUUAAACUCUUCAGCCCCAUCUCUCACCCUAGCUGGUCGUCCCCGUCUUGUCGCCAAAACAACAAGUUCGCUUCAAACACAGGGCAAUCCCCAUAAGACGGUAUCGCCCGAUCCCAUGCAGGUCUGGAAUAAAAAUAGAGCUACCCCCCAACCUUCGACGAAGCACUUGACCGAUGAAGAAUUGAAACAACAGUACGGGAUUCAUCUAACGUCUCGAAUUCAAGAGGAUGGUGAAGGAAAAGAGGCGAAGUGGGCCGAUAUCGACGAUGAUGAAGACGACUGGGCUCCUGAAACUAUUGAAUGGAACGACGGAACGAAGAGCACUCUCACCCCGGCAGAAGUCACUGCUCAGGCCCCUCCGAAUCUCUCCUCUACUGUCCCAACGAACCAAGACCCAAAACAAGCAACCGUCCCUCCCAAGGCGUCACCUCCUCAAUUCACGAGCUCUGUGGGACCGAAUGCCACCGUACUGAAACUUGGCGCAAGUGCUGAGAGGCAAGCCCAAAAGGCCGCAACACUCACUUCACGAGGUCCAGCAGAAAAGAUCGUACUGUCGUCAACCAAAGGUCUUGCACCCGCACCAGCGAGGUCGCCAUGGGCCGUUUUACCGCCCGUGGACAAAGUCUCACCCGUCAUUGUCAACCCUCAACCGUCCAUGCCGCCGCCUAAUCGCUUCCUUUCAAAUAACGCAUAUCCACAAGCUCCUCCGUUAGCCACCGCACCAGUUCCCACCAAGGAGAUUUCCGCCGAUGAUUUCAAUCGUGCAUGGAGAGACUCUUCUUCGCAACCUCGUGAGCUCUACAUACCCAACUCGGGGAGAUAUGAAGCUGUCCCUGAUGGUAGAAGGCGCCUCUCUAAGAACGACCCCGGGUUUCGUGCUGCAGCUGUCCUACAGCGACCCGCUCCACCUGAUUCUCACGCUCCCGCCGAGCCUUCCCCGGCAUUUCAGACUCACCGAACCAGCUCUGAUUCUGCAAGAAGAAGGGCUUCUUCAACCAUUUCCGGUGGUAGCGGUCAAAUCGCCCGUCGACUGUCGAUGAAAUCCAACGACAUUGUACAUCCGGUAUUCGAUAAUCAGCACGGAGCUGGCGACUUUGAUCAGUCUUCAGUUACGCGGGAGGAUCCAGUUUCGCAGACACAGACCCCGGCAUACCAACCGCGAGGUCAGAAUGACUACAUGAAUGCAGGUGCCCAGUCUGCCACUGAUGGUGAUCUCGAUGCCCAACGUGUUCAGCAACGGGCCCUCAUGAAGGAGAACAUUGAACGCGCUCGAAGGCGAAAGCAAGAGGAGGAACAACGCAUGGAAGCCGAAAAGCAGGAACGUAUCAAGGCAAAAUUGGCAUCUCUCGGAGUUGGUCCCAGUGGUGGGCCCGAGAAGAAUGAUGAAAACUCUCGCACCACGGCUAGCCGCCGGGAAUCAGAAGCGCCGACUUCGUCGACUGCACCAGCUCCAAGUCAUCAGCCGGCAAGCCACUCUCCACCUAAACCGCCCCAGCCAUUGGCAUCAGGUGAGCCACAGCAAUACGGUAUGAUGAAAGUUCAUCCCCUCGAUUCGAUCAAGAAGUUGGUUGCUUCCAACUCGCGGGCCUUUGAUGCCCACAAAACGCCGACUUCAAAAACAGAAUCAUCUCAUUCGACGGAACCUCCCGCGGCAGCUUCUCAAGCACCAGCCCCAAUAGUGAACGGUGUGAGAACCUUGAUUCCCGACCUGCGCCACUCAAGCGGCCAGGAGGGCCCAACCGGACCGGAAGCAAGUCCUAAAGUUUCAAAACCUGGUUCCGCGGGCAAUGAUGCGCGGAGUGGAUGGCAUGACCUUCGGCCUGAACAUCGUCCCGUCCAGGCAGGGAAUCUCUGGGGCGUGUCUAACAACAAGGCAUUAGGUAAUGGUACUUUUGACCAAAGUCUUGCAGGUUACGCACCGCAAGACCUGUCUCGAACCUCUUCCACAGGCCAGGGCUGGAUGAACGGCAGAACGCCCCGUACUGGACGCUCUCCCCAAAUUCAACACGCGAACCACGCUGUCCCGGAUAACCGAACAUAUUCUUUUCAAUCCGUUAUUUCCCAGGAUCGGGGCCUUCUAGCUAUCGAUAGUGAGGCAGACUCUUUGUUUCCCUCUACGACACCUGCUCCUAUCGGUCCUCCGCAACCUCAACAGACUCAUGCUCCAAUCAAUGGAUAUCAGAAUGGCAAUCGUUCUACCGGCCUCGAAGCCUGGAACAAUUUCCAAACAGUUGCCAACCAGCAAGAGCGGGCCGAAAGUGAUCAGAUCCAGCGUGAGAUCGCAGCAAGACGGGAGGAAGAGCUACGCACUGGAAUUCGACAAGGACCCUCUUACAACUUCAACGAAACUUGGAAACAGGUUCAGGUAGGUGACCAAGCCAACCAGCGUCACUUAGCGAACGCCACCCAAACUACCAUUCCUGCUUCGAACGUCUUUGGUGCUGUCGGCUCACAGCCUGCACCUGACUCGGCCUCCAGAGCGAUCAACGGCCAGGCUGGGCGUGGCUCGAGAUUCUUCCCUCAGCAACCAGGUGGCCAUAUAGGCCAAGAUCGUCGUGCUGUUACGUACAGCCACCCCGAACCACCGAGGACGCCUUCACCUCCUCCAGCGGAAGAAUUUGCGAGCCAUCAUCCGGCAUUUGAUCAUGAUACGGAUCGGCCUGUGGUCCAUUUUCCGCGAGAGAAAGCCGUCGUCAAACUGCCGCCGAACAUGCCACCGACUCCUCCGAGCCCUGUCGACGCACAAGCCACGCCUCAGCCAGAUUUGCAAGUUCCAUUGAGUUGGGCUGCCAGAGUGUCGAUGCCACCUCCAGCUCCGGUGGCAAUGCAUCGAUCGGUAUCCACACCAGUCGCCCAAAAUGCCUCUUGGCAAGAACGAUUCAAUGGUUUGCUAGGGAAGAAGUCUUCGCCGGUCAGGGCCCAUGCACUUCCAACGGGAGCAGCUUUGGCUGUGACAUCAUCCUCUCGAGAACCUCUUGAGGUGCAUCAUAUCACUCUUCCAGGCGCCUCUGUCUCACUCCCUCUGGAGUCAGUGCUCGAACUUGUGGCCGAAGAAGAAGAAAUUGCGAGCACCAAACAUGUUGAAAGUGAAGAAGACCUUUUUGAAGAUCGAGAAGCCGGCUCCCUUCCCACCGUGCACUUCCCUCGCGAUACACCGGAACUUGCAGGGCCUUUGGCAAGCCCUCCAACCAUCAAAGCCCCUGUUGUGGACGCGAUCUCUACGGCGGCUUACAUGGUCAGCAACCUCUUUGAACCACGUGGUCCACCCAAGCCACAAUAUGCCAUCAUUCGAUUACCGCUUUCUACUACAGGCUCUGUCAAGAAGGACAUUCCUGUGAGAGGCGCACAGGCGAGUCAUGGUCAGCGACGCCACCCCAGUGGCCCACCAAGUUCAACCGGAUCAUACACUGGCAAAAGCUCGAGACACAGAGGAACACCCCGCCCUCGACAGGCAUCUAAAGCACAUUAAUUAAGCCUGGCGUUUCUCGCCUUUGAUUGAGAUUGGGAGAGAUCGAUUGACAACUCACUGAUGGAGUUUGUUUGAGGGACGAUGAAAAAUUUCUCGGCGAGAGGUUGCUUUCUCGAAUUGCAUAGAUGGGAACGGCAAUAGCUUGUUUUCUACUUGUAUCCUUUCCCUCCUGGGGACCGACGCUGUAAUUUGACGGCGAAGGUCCAUACAAAGAGCGGGUUUGGCUGUUGCCAUACUUGCUCCGGCAUUGUGCCACCACUGAUAGUAGUCUAUACUAAAGAUUCAACCAUGGGGUCAAACGAGUGAGCACUAGCAUCCUGUGAUACACAUCGUCUUAGUGCCUUUUCAGUUCUUCUGUGAUGAGGUUGUAGGUUACAUCCAAAUGCCUAGUUGUAUCACGGGAAGCCCAAAUUCAUUGCCACCACUUUCUUUCGCAGUCAACCAUAGGCUGAGGAAAACAGGGCCUUGGAGCUGCUAUUGCCCUGCUUGGGUCGGGUAGUGUCAGGAUCUGGCAACAGAAUCAUUGGCUUAACGCUUAGAACAAGGAAACAAAGUCUUCCUGUGGUUGUCUGUAGCGAAGAGGAUUUAGCUCCGAGCUCAGACGUCGUUGGUGAAGCUAUCCUCCACCUUCUUAUAGAGUGUGAUGAGAGAUUCAAUGUCCUCCAGAGAUAAAGUCCGA